CCCGUCUCUUCGCUGUCCAAAACCCGGAUCCUGACCCGGAUCCGAACCUCCCCUCAAUCUUCCUUACCACCCAAUUCCAUUUUUUUUCCCCUAAAGCUUUGCUUCUUUCACUUUCCCGGUAAAAUCGGCGCCGAGAAAAAAGUUGCCUAAAAAGAAAUGUACUCAGCGAUUCGCUCGCUUCCUCUCGAUGGUGGACACGUUGGUCCUGACUACCAUGGACCUCUUGAUGGGACCAAUCUUCCCGGUGACGCUUGUUUGGUCUUAACCACUGACCCUAAACCUCGUCUCCGGUGGACGGCUGAGCUCCAUGAGAGAUUCGUUGACGCCGUUACUCAGCUCGGUGGUCCUGAUAAAGCGACGCCUAAAACUAUCAUGAGGACAAUGGGAGUGAAGGGUCUCACUCUCUACCACCUCAAAUCACAUCUUCAGAAAUUCCGCCUAGGCAGGCAAGCUUGCAAAGAAUCAACUGAGAACUCCAAGGAUGCUUCUUGUGUUGGGGAGAGUCAGGACACAGGUUCAUCUUCAACAUCAUCAUUGAGAAUGGCGCAACAGGAGCAGAACGAGGGUUACCAAGUCACUGAGGCUCUACGCGCUCAGAUGGAAGUCCAAAGAAGACUACACGAGCAAUUGGAGUAUGGGCAGGUGCAACGGAGACUCCAGCUGAGGAUAGAGGCCCAAGGAAAGUACCUGCAAUCAAUUCUUGAAAAAGCUUGCAAGGCCUUUGACGAGCAAGCUGCUGCUUUUGCCGGGCUUGAGGCUGCUAGGGAAGAGCUAUCAGAGCUAGCCAUCAAAGUUUCCAAUGUCUCUCAAGGAACAACUGUUCCGUUCUUCGAUGCAACAAAGAUGAUGAUGAUGCCAUCUUUGUCAGAACUUGCAGUAGCAAUAGACAACAAAAACAACAUCACAACCAACUGUUCAGUUGAAAGCUCUCUGACUUCCGUCACUAAUGGGAGCUCAAUUUCUGCUGCAUCGAUGAAGAAGCGACAACGUGGAGACAAUAUGGGUGUUGGGUAUGAUGCGGGCUGGAUUAUGCCUAGUAGUACCAUUGGAUAAAGUUUAGGAAGAAAGAAAUCAAUAUGGGAAAGAUAGAGAUAAGAUUUAACUCUUCUUUACUUGCUUUGAGGGGUCUGUAAUAUUCGAUAUAAACUUGUCGUCAAAAUUUCAUCUUAGCCUACUCAUGUAUAUAUUUGAUAUUGAAGCUGAAGCUUUAGUGUUUCCUUUACCCUUGCCUUUAA